AUGAAAGAGAGAGAACCAUCCACAGCAUCCUCAUCCUCAUUUCGUACGAUACCAUCAUCUUCCUCAUCCUCAUCAACAUCAUCUGAUUCUUCUGAUAGUGAGGAUCCUAGAUUACUACUUCUCUAUGCAGUCCGAGUUAUUCAGGAUUUGUUGGAGAAUGUUGAUAUUACAGAAGAACCUUCCAUCGCCAUACUCAAAGGUGAUGAGCCAACUGUUGAGCCAAAAUCAUCUAAUAAAGUGAUGGGUCUUUAUCGAACAAUGAGCGCAACCUUCUCAGGAAUUCGUUCACCUUCCUCACCAGAAUGGUUUUUAUUAACCGCUUUUGUACUUAAUGGUAUUCCCACUCACUAUACAGUAUGGAAGGAACGUCGUGAUGUUAUUCUGCAGUCGAAUCGCCUUUUGAAUUCAACAUUGGAUGUUCUCAUCUCAGAUAUGGAAAGAAAAAAUCAAAAAAUUCCUCAGAAUGUAAAUGCUGUCGCAUCAGAAUGGUUACCAUCGCGUAAAGACUUGGAAUCUACGAAUGGAAUUUUCAGUAACUGGCGAGCCGUUUGUUGGGAAUUAAAUGCUGUGAAGUGUUUUAAUUUAAGGUAUCAGAAAAACUUUCAGGUCUGGCAUCAUCGACGAGAGAUGCUGGAAGUUACUCUUAAACAGAUAGAACCAUCCUUAUGCUCAACUGUGCUCGCUUCCAUGGAUAGUUUUAGUCAGUUUUUACGCACUCAUCAUAAUAUGGAAUUCAGUCAAAUUGAUGAACGAAUUAUCUCUGGAUUGGCAUUGGAAAUGGAUGGUAAGAAUUAUCACGUUUGGUUACAUCGAGCGUGGUUUAUUCGUGCAUUUUCUUUCCUUGUUAGUCCCCCAUCAUGGGAAGCAUUAAGGCAACUACCAUUUGGAUUUAUUAAGAGUACAGGUAAUAAUGUUAAUAAAUUUUUUGAAAAUUUUGCCGUAAAAGAAGAAUGGGAACAACUCUCUUUAACACCCACUGUACCACCUUGUGCAUUAAAUGAGGAAUUAUUAUAUACGGCAAACCUUAUAAAAAGUGAUUGCCUCAAUAACUCAGCAUGGUGUCAUCGGUUUUCUCUUUUUAACCAUGACCUUAUUUAUACAUUAAUGCAAACGAGUUCAUCCGUUUCUAUUCAGGAGUUAAAGGAAGUAUUACACUAUCUCUGUGGAGAGGAACUACACUUUGCCCUACAGUGGUGUGUUUAUAAUCCAAGCAAUGAGUCAUCCUUUGUUCAUGCCCGAUCCAUCACAGUAAUUUAUCAAGCAACAUCUCUUCGUCUUCUUUUAAGUAAUGCGAUAUCAGAAGAAACGGGAUAUCAUUAUCUUAAUGAUGAAGGUCCUAUUAUAGGUUCAAAACCUUUGUCUUCUCAUUAUCUUUCUUUAAAAAAACAUGUUUCUUGGGAAGAUUAUUUAAAUAGUUUCUCAUUGCUUCAGCAACAGUUAUUGGUGCUACAAGAAGUUGUAGUUCCUCGUGUAGAUAAACUUUACAUUAGAACAGCUGCACGAGAUGAGGAAACGGUAAAUAUUCUUCACUCUACUUUUUCUCAAUUUCUUAUUGAUAAUCUUCAUCAGGUGUAUGCAGCGAUCUAUCAUUCUCUCUUUGUGAUGCUAGAACAAAUAUGGUGUUGUUAUUUCACAGAAGAAGAAAGGAAUCAAAUUCACAAAUUAUUACCUUCCAAUACGUAUAUUGAGGGAAUUGCUGCUGUAACGGCACAAUUAAUUCAGAAACCAAUAGAGGGAUGUGUAAAGUUUUUUCUGGAGUCGGAACUGCAGGCAAUGCAAUUAGCCAGAAACUUGGUUGAUAAAGAUUCUAUCCGAUCAAAGUACUGGAAGCAUGAGAUAAGAAUCAUUAUGCACAGACAAUAUGGUAACUAG